ACCGACAUCCUGAGCGGGACAGUGGGGAGGGAGGCCGCCACCGCCGCCUCUGCACCGGAGGGUCAUCCAUGGACUGACACACCUGGGACUAAGUGUUCACCAACCUGCUCCUGGACCGGCUUUAUAGUAGGAGACGGAGCCUCUGCUGCUCAUGGACAGACUGAGAGGCUCAGGUAGAUGAGGACAUGGAGAGACGGAGCUGUGGAGUCCGACGCAUGUGCACUCUGACCCUGCUGCUGGUGUCCGUGUGUCCGCUGUGCUGCAGAGCCAACUGGAUGUGGCUCGGUUUGACCUCGGCCGGAGUCCCCGAGAAACUGGGCUGUGCCAACCCGCCGCUGAGCCCCAAACAGCGGGACCUGUGCCGGAAGAAGCCGUUCUUGCUGCCCAGCAUCCAGGACGGAGCCCGCCUCGCCAUCAGCGAGUGUCAGAGCCAGUUCAGACACGAGAGGUGGAACUGUUCCACGAGUGACCAACCGUCCGUGUUCGGCCACGAGCUGACCAGCGGAACCAAAGAGACAGCGUUCAUCUACGCCGUCAUGGCGGCGGGGCUCGUCCAUGCCGUCACACGCUCCUGCAGUCAGGGGAACAUGACGGAGUGCGGCUGCGACACUCGGCUCCAGGGCCUCGGCUCACCAGCAGAGGGCUGGCACUGGGGCGGCUGCUCGGACCACAUCCAGUACGGAACCUGGUUCAGCCGAAAGUUCAUGGACAGCUCCUCCAAAAACAUGACGUCAUCCCGUGGAGGACACACGCCAGACACCAUGAACCAGCACAACAGCGAGGCUGGACGGCAGGCCAUUGACAAGACAAUGUCCACUGACUGUCGGUGCCAUGGCGUCUCUGGUUCCUGUGCUGUGAAGACAUGUUGGCGGACCAUGGCGCCUUUUGAGCGUGUUGGUGCAUAUUUGAAGGACCGCUAUGAGCACAGCAUUCAGGUGUUGGACCGAUCAAGGAAGAAGGUGAGGAAGAAGGAGCGUGAGCACCGUCGCGUUCCUGUUGAUAAAUAUAAGCUCAUCCACUUCAACAAAUCCCCAAACUACUGUCUGGAGGACCGGCGCUUAGGGGUGGCAGGCACCAGGGGACGCCGCUGCAAUCGUAGUUCACAUGGCUCCGAUGGCUGCAACCUGCUGUGCUGUGGGAGAGGUUACAACACUCAUGUAGUGCGACAUGUUGAACGCUGCGAGUGCAAGUUUGUGUGGUGCUGCUAUGUUCGCUGCAGGCGCUGUGAGAGCAUGAAUGACAUGCACACCUGUAAAUAACAACAAUCACACCUGUAAAUAACAACAGUCACAUCUGUAAAUAACAACAGUCACAUCUGUAAAUAACAAGCACAACUGGAACUAAUACGGAUGUUCAGCUGCAACUUUACAGUGGGAGUUUACACAUGUGUCUGGUCAUCCUGAACAUUUCACACCCUGUGAUUGGUUGACCAGUGGAGAGAAGAGAUACUGUGGUAAAAAGACUUGACUGGAUGACCUUUGACCUCCUGCUCUAUUCUCAAAGCCUUUGACUUUUAAAAAUUUUACCAAAAUGUGAAAGGGGUUGUCCUCAUAUUUUGCAUGUCAAAUUUUCAUUUAAUUUUGCCUAUUUAUCAUUAAUAAUCAGGAAUUAGAUGGUUUCAAACACAUUAUAGUGUAUUAAAGAAUAUCUAUAAGGCUACGUUCACACUACAGGUCUUA